AUGAAUGCAGAAUUAAAGGAAAACUUUAAUCAGUUAAUUAACAAGGUUAUUAAAGAAAAGUUUUUUAACAAAAAAGAUGAAAUUGUUGAGUUUGAGUAUAAAAUUUUUAAAUUAAUUGGUGUUGGUACAUUUGGUAUAGUUGGAUUGAUUGAAUCAAGGGGUAAAUUUUUUGCAAUAAAAAAAGUUUUUGAAAACAAACAUUACUGUAAUAGAGAAGUUGAUAACUUAAGAAGACUUAAUCAUCCUAACAUAAUAAAGUUGUACUACCACAGGUAUUCUGAUUAUAAUGAACAUGGAAGAUUAUGUACUAUGAUUCUUGAGUAUGGUGGUAAUAAUUUAUAUGAUGUUAUGAAAAAAGGGAGAAAAAAAUCCUUAUUUGGAAAAUAUAAAUUACCUAAAAAUUUUAAAGAUCAAUUUAAAAAUUUAGUUGAUGCACUGGCUUAUAUGCACUCCAAAAAUAUUUGCCAUCGAGACCUUAAACCAGACAAUAUUCUCGUAAAAGAAGGAAGAUUGAUUCUUUGUGAUUUAGGCAAUGCUAAAGAGUUAAAUAGCAAACAAAAUGUAUCUUAUAUAACAAAUGCUAUAUACAGAGCACCUGAAAAUUUUGAAGGAAUGACUAAUUAUACAACAAAAAUAGAUGUCUGGUCAUUAGCCGUAAUAAUGACAGAACUAUUAUUUGGUAAAUCAAUUUUUGGAUCAGAAAAAGAAGAAAUAUACACUGAAAUAAUAAAAAGAAAAGAUCGUAUAAGAAGUUAUUUAAAAAAAAGAUGUUCAGAUGACCUUCUAACUGAUUUACUUACAAGAAUGUUAAGAUACAACUCAGUAGAUAGAAUUUCAAUGGAGAAUAUUCUAAAACAUCCAUAUUUUAAUUAA